AUGGAGGCACCAACCCCCAUCCUCCAACUGUCUAACCACCUCAUCCGCCCCUACUACGCUGGGGACGUAGAAGCCAUCGCCAAAGAAGGUAACAACCCCGAAAUCGCCCGUUGGCUACGCAGUCGAUUUCCUGAGCCCUACACCAUCGAAGACGCCAAGUCCUGGAUUUCAACCGCGAACUCUGCCUCACCGGUCCUCGACUUCGUCAUUAGCCGGCGGGAGGAUAAUAUCGCCAUUGGAAGCAUCGGGUUAAAAGCCAGAGAUGAUGUAUAUUAUCGGACGAUGGAGAUCGGGUACUGGGUGGGUCAAGACCACUGGGGAAAGGGGAUUGCUACGGAAGCAUUAUCUGCAAUGACUGCUUGGGUCUUUGAGAGUUUCCCACAUGUUUUGAGGCUGGAGGCGGAGGUAUAUGAUGGGAAUGAAGCCAGUCAAAAAGUGUUGGCGAAGGCGGGGUAUCAGCUUGAGGGGAGAAGAAGGAAAGCCGUGGAGAAAAAGGGCGUUGUUAUGGAUACACUGAACUUCUGCACCUUUAGAGCCGAGGAGUAA